AGUUUAUUUGUUAUAGUACAUCUUGCCUUGUAUUUUAAUUUAAUGCUGAUUUUAUUAUUAGUAGUAGUAUUUGGUUUUGUGAAUUAGAGAACUCUUGUUAUUGUGUGGCUAAAUAAACAUAUAAGUAGAGAGCUCUGUUGGUCUCUAAUAGUGGAGCCUGGCUUCAAACAGAGCGUUUCAUUUAACCAUUUUGUGGCUAUGAGUUCUAUUAUCUAACUGUAGAGUAAAGGAGGACCUUCUGUAUGCCUGUCUUUCAUCUCUGCUGCUCAUAAAACUCAUUGGAUACCUGCAGGGAAGAAAGAGCUGAAGUUGCUGUGUUCCUUAAGUGCUCUGAUAGUUUCCUAUACAAGCAUCCAUAGUGCCCUACUAUGGCUACCCGACUGAGACCGGCCAGUAAGAAAUGCGCUGUGAUAGGUGGCUCAGGCUUCCUGGGUCAACACAUGGUAGAGCGCCUGGUGGAGAAGGGCUACUUGGUUAAUGUGUUCGACAUCCGCAAGGGCUUUAACAAUGACAAAGUGCAGUGCUUCCUGGGCGAUCUCUGCAGCAAAAAGGAUCUGCUCCCAGCAUUACAAGGGGUGACCGUGGUGUUUCACUGUGCAUCACCAGCUCCUUCCAGCAACAACAGAGCGCUUUUCUACAAAGUCAAUUAUCUGGGGACCAAAGCAGUCAUUGACGCUUGCAAGGAAGCUGGCGUCCAGAAAUUGGUGUUGACCAGCAGUGCAAGUGUGGUCUUCGAGGGCACAGAUAUCAAAGAUGGCACUGAAGAUCUCCCCUAUGCAAAGAAACCCAUUGACUACUACACAGAAACCAAGAUUCUGCAGGAGAAGGAGGUGCUGAGUGCCAACGAUCCAGAGAACAAUUUCUUCACUGCUGCUAUUCGUCCCCAUGGCAUCUUUGGCCCACGGGACCCCCAGCUGGUUCCCAUUCUUGUCCAGGCAGCCAAGAGUGGCAAGAUGAAGUUCAUAAUUGGAGAUGGGAAGAAUUUGGUGGAUUUUACAUUUGUGGAAAAUGUGGUCCAUGGACACAUCCUGGCUGCGGAACAACUUCAGAGAGACUCUCCCCUGUGUGGGAAGGCAUUUCACAUCACAAAUGACGAGCCAAUCCCCUUUUGGGAGUUCAUGUCACGCAUCCUGAUAGGCCUGGAUUACGAGGCUCCCAAAUACCGCAUUCCCUAUUGGCUGGCUUACUACUUGGCCCUCCUCUUGUCUCUGGUGGUGCUGCUGCUAAGCCCCCUUGUCACUGUCAACUCCACCUUCACCCCCAUGCGUGUGGCACUCGCUGGAACAUUCCACUAUUACAGCUGUGAACGAGCCAAAAGGUACAUGGGCUACAAACCACUGGUUAGCCUGGAUGAAGCUGUGGCAAAGACUGUCAAGAGCUACCCCCAUCUCCGCCGUGCUGCAUAACUGCCUGUGGCCCAUGAGAACAUCUCCAGAAUCUCAACUCUGCUGCAGACUCUACUCUGGCUUUCCAGUCUCUUGCCCUGGCUCCACUAGAAUGCUGUGUGGAAGCCACAGUCUGAAACUAUUCUGUCACCUCAGUUGUUCUGCUGUGACCAGCAUCUCUGAAGUGGUAGCUGUACUGGAUGAAACGGAACCUGUGCAGUUCUUCUGAUCCUUCACAGCUUGAUCAGCCACAGAUUUUCUGUUCUGAUGAGGCCUUUACUUGCUUUAAUUUCUUAAUGGGCAGUGAACUAUGAAAGGCAGGGCUUGGGGAGCUUGUGACCUUCUAGACUGGACUCCCCAACUCCCACCAGCCCCACCCAGGAUGGCCAAUGGUGAGGGUAGAUGGGAGUUAUAGUCCAAUAACAUCUGGAAGGCCACAAGUUUUCCAUCCCUGGUAUAAGGCAAGUUUAUUUCACUUUUUUAAGGGGAGGGUGUUGGCCUGCUGUGUGCUCCAUAAAGUCAAUUUUUUGGUGGGGAGGAAGGGAAAGUCUAUGUGCAAAUGCCAAACCUGGGCACCUGUCUUUAUAUUGGCCGUUAAUCUCCAGAUCUUGGACUACAGCUCCCAUCAGCACCAGCCAGCAUAGCCAAUGGUUGGGACUGAUGGGAGUUGUAGUCCAACAAAAUAGCAGGAGGGCAGAGGGUAGCCUCCCCCUUGCUGCAAGAAAAUGAGUGGGGUGUUUGGAUGGGCAAGGAUGAGGCAUUUGUACUCCUGGGGCCAAACCUUUCUGGAAUGUGAGUACACAGGGUUUUUUGUGAAAUCCAGUGUUCAUUUGCCAACCAGAUGAAUUCUUCCUAUCUCCAUAGGGAGAAAAUGCUUUUAGUGCAACUGUAAAUAAAGUACGCUGGGCUCCACCUUU